AUGGAUGCUCUACCACCGGGCGCCGAUUUAUCUCAGAUUCCUCUAGCCGAGAACCCGAGCGGCGCUCCGCCAAAUUUUACUGAUGGACCUUCUCUCAUCGUCGCCGUCCAAGCAGUCGGCAUCUCGCUGGGCUCCAUUGCGCUUCUGCUAAUUGUCCUACGGCUGUCUGUUUGGUAUCGACUCAAACGUCCUUUCGGUCUGGACGAUGGUUUUGUCGUGAUCGCGUUUAUAAUCGCUGCUGGGUACACUGGAGUUGUGUGUAGUACGGAGGCCGUCUCGAGACAUGCUUGGGACACGCCGUUAAGCGCCAUAGACGAAGUGUAUCUCAAGUGCGGAAGACCCGAAGCUGAUCAGUCGGUACAGAAACUCUUCGUCACCAGCCUCCUCUAUGGCCCUAUGCUCUUCUUCUCCAAAGUAUCGAUCCUGAUCCUCUACCACCGCAUGUUCCGGCCUGAGCGCUGGUUCAGAAUUUGUCUGUACAUCACUCUCGCCAUCCUGUUCGGGGCGUACUGGAUGACUGUACCUCUGUGUUUCUAUUACUGCAUGCCGCACAAUGGAGAAGCGUGGGACCUCAGCAUCCUGCCGAAAUGCAGCCACCUGGCUACCCCUGGCUUGGUUCAGGCUGGGGUGAACAUCGCAGCAGAUAUCGCCAUCUUCGUGUUGCCGCUUCCCAUCGUCCUGAAGCUUCAACUGCCCACGUCGAAGAAGAUUGGUAUUGCCGCCAUAUUUGCAACUGGUUUCUUUGCGUUGACGGUAUACUACCGCGUGAUGAUCAUCGAGGGCGCCGACGGCACAUGGGCCGGCGCGCAGACCUUCAUCUGCAUGUGA